UUGAUCUGCUCAUUCUUGACAAAUUUGCCGGAACCAGCUUGUCUUGUAGCUCACAAUGGAAAUGGGCAAGUGGAAUCAUUAUAAGAGAGUUUAAAAUAGCUCUAAUGAGAUAAUUUUUUUAGAGUAAUUAUCAAAUACAUUAAAGGAAAUUAUUUAAAUGCAUAAAUCUUGAAUGAGAUCAACUGAAUGUAAUACGCCAUGUAAGCGGUGCAACUAUCUGAUCAAGCUUGGAAAUACAUCGGAAUUAUUGUUGGGCGUUUAUCUUGAAUUGGUUAAAAUAUUUCUUUUCAAAAUCGAAUUAAACGUUCAAUAUAGACUUGUUUUCUUUCAUUCAAUUCCAGGUUUGAUUUCCCAAUCCUCAUCUCAGAGCUAAACAAUGCUAAACAGCCUGUUCCUGAAAACAUUUUGUGCGUAGAUAGCUUGAAGGGUUUCAAAGGAUUAGAUGGCCCUCCAAAGAAACCAGAAUUUGUCAACAAUAAAAGAAAAAAUCGGUCAUUCACUGCUGUAGUGGAAACAGCAAACAGCGAGGCCAAUAAGGAGACACUCGAUCCAAACAUUUGUCAUUCAGUAUCACCCAGCAAAAAGGCCAGAUUAUCAGAAGAUGUCCCUCAACUGGGGUCAAUAGAUGCAGAGACACCUCAGCAUUCAUACACCGUCGGUGCCUCUCAGGGACCCAGUGCGAAAAAUAACAGAAAAAAGUCUUAUUCUUUACCUCAGCUUUAUAAAAGCAUUUUCGGCCAAGAUCCCACUGAAAGUCACGCGGCCGAGGGUGACUGCAAAACAUUACUCCGUGUCAUCCAAACCAACGCCUUGUCAUUUUGUCAGUGGUGUGAUAAAAAUGCAGAGCCUCUG